AUGAAAUUCAUUCGAGAAGGAGAUGAUUUUAGUAAACUCUAUCCUUACUCUUCUUACGCAACUGAAUAUCUAAACCUAGAAUACAAAUAUUUUUUUAAUUAUAGUCAUCAAGUGCAAAUAGUCAUUAACCAGACAUUAGACUAUUCCAAUGUCACUGUUCAAGAUGGCAUAGAAGAUCUCCUGCAAAGUUUCGAGUCUGCUUCAUUUAUAUCGGAUUCGUCGACCACAGAAAGUUGGCUGAGAGAAUUUCUGGCAUUUACUAAAUCUCCAGUCGCGAAGUUUUCGCUUUCUGGUUACAAUCUGAAUGAUUCCGAAGACUUUCUGAAGGCAUUUAAAAAUAUUUUCUUAAAAGUUAAAAUGGCAAAUAGGUUUAUAAAUGAUGUUGUCUUUAACGAAGAAGGUGAUAAAAUCAUUGCAUCCAGAUAUCUCGUUUCGAGUUAUGACGAAAAAACUCGAAUCGAUGAAAAGUUUUUCUUUGAAAAUGUAAGAAAAAUUGCCUCCAACAGCAAAUUUGAAAUUAUUGCAUACAAUUUUAGAUUUAUCUAUUAUGAAUUGUAUAUUAAUAUUCUUUCAAACUGUAUAAAAGCUGUCUGUUCUGCGGCCGCGGUAGUAAUUGUAGUGUUUCUUUUAUUUACUCCGAACGUAUUGUUUCUUUUGUCUGUUGCCGUCACUAUUGCUUCUAUUCAGAUUGGAUUGAUUGGAUACAUAUCUUUAUGGAACUCAACUGUGAAUACUACCACUUUAUUAACGUUAGUGAUGAGUACGGGAUUUUGUGUAGAUUAUACGGUUCAUAUGGCUUUCGCAUUUGUCAGUUGCAGAAAGAAAACCCCGAACGAGAAAAUCAAGAAUUGUUUAUAUGCUGCUGGGUAUCCAGUAACACAAGCUUGUUUAUCUACUUUAUUGAGUGUUUCAGUGUUAUCAUUUGGUCCAUCAGAAUCGUUCGUUGUAGUUUUUAAAAUUAUAACAUUAAUGGUUAUAUUCGCUUCGUUUCAUAGUCUUGUUAUAUUGCCAGUAAUACUGAGUGUUUUGGAUCUUAUCCCUUCUUGUUUAAAAAGUUCUACACAAAAAAUUGAAUACACAGAAAAUGAACAAAAUAAAAUUGAAGGUUUGAAUCCUAACAAUAUUGAAUAAUGCUGAUUAUUUACAUCUAUGUUAAAAAAAUAUGAAAAAUGUCAAUUUCUAGUUUUAAGAAUAUUUGAUACUUCUGUAUGUCGUAUGUACUGAAUUGCGUCAGAUUGAAAGACACCAGAGUACUGUUAUUUGAGUACAUAUUUUUCAUUGAAUGUGAACAGAAUAAAUCAGAAUAUCUUUCACUUACGUGUGUAAACAAAAUUUAUGUUAAAUUUGCCGACAUUUUUAAUUUGUAUGUUGUGCAGUUUUACGUUUACGUUAUUCUUAGAUAUAAUUUUAGUUUUUUAAAUUUCCUUAAGGUUUUUUAAAUAUUUCGUUAACGAGUUACGAAUAAUUAUAGUGCUAAAUUACAAUUUUGCUCUAUAGGCUAUAUAAAUUCAAUGAUAUAUAAUUCAUAACAUUUAUUUCAGUUGUUAAAACAGCUUUAAAUUUAUGUGAAAACAAACAUAUGGUUAAGUUCGAAACAUUUUUAUUUUCUAUCUACAUAUUUUUUGAAACUAAUUAGUGAAAAGUUCAGGCCGAGACAACUCAUAAAAUACUUGCCGUAUAUUUCGAAUGUUGUGUUUGCUUCCCCAUUUUAUCGCAUUUUUUAUACUAUUAUUUACUUUGAUCCAAAACCAUUUUCUUUCUCGUCUUGACAUUAAAAAGUUUCUAAUAUUUAAAUGAAGGAAAAUACAAUCUGAUAGUGAUAAAUUUGAAAAACAAAUUGGGGAAUUUAUAAGGUUAACAUUUUUGAUAAUAAGCAAUGUUAAGAUUAGAAAACAAUUCAAAAAAAUUGUUUUCUAAACUAAAUUUGUAUAAUAGUUGUUAAUCUAAUUCAUGAAUACAUUCGUAAGCGUAAAAUAAACGAAACUGAUGUAUAAUUGACUUAUCAAUGUCAGUUUGUUCUGCAAUGAAAUAAAAUAAAAAUAUAUAUACUGAUGGAGCUCUAAUAUUAUGUAUUACUUAUCCGGUAUCGAUAGAGUUAUGUACUCGUUGACUACGAUUAGAAUAUGCAAAAAAAUUACAUCAUGUAUUACUACAUAUUUGCUAUAGGUAUUAUAUACAACUUAUUAUGUAUAUAAAUUUUAAACAUAAAGAAGUAUAUGUAUUUCUUGUAAU